AUGAAGCACACGCACAUAAUGAGGAAUGCCUGCCACCGUGCUGGCGCUGCUGGCUGCCCGAUGGAAGGCGCACCUUCGCCGGAGGGCUCCGGCGGGACGCCUGCUGGCGGCACGCCUGUUGGCGGUGGGUCAGAUGAAACAGAAAUUCCUCAAGUUGGUGCAUUGCGUUGCAGCUUUGCGGAGAUGCUCAAGCGCGCGAGCUCUGAGUCUUCGCCCGCAGUCGACUCCAUGGGCACCUCGACGGCGCCCGGAACCGAAGAGGGCAUCUUUUCAGCUCGUUCGUCUCCGACGUUUGGUUGGGACGAGGACGGCGCCCUCGACGACUUCGCGCUGCCGCCGCCCGCCGUGCCGCUGGAACCUCCAGAAGACGACGAUGCCGAGCUCUCCGAGUGUGAGGGCGGAUUGCUCCAGGUGGACAACGGCGUCGGCCCAGCCUGGUGGUGGGGGGGCGCCCACCUGCCCACGCUCCGCGCGCGCACUGUCCACCCAGAUUCGCUCCAGCAGCCGCCCACGCCACGGCUGCAAGCGACACCGACGCCGACCACACCAUUGCUGCCCACGGACGCGCAGCUGCGCGAGGGGGUUGCUGGCGUCGAGGGCGUGCUCCACCGCGUCCGCGUCGACCUCGAGGGCGCGGACGGCGUCGUCGCACCGAUCGACCACGAGGAGCGCCCGACGCCGUGUCGUUCCGUGCAGCGUCUCUGCCACGGCCAGAGCGGUCCUCGGCAGCCACGGGAUGCGCACGAGCUCUCCUGGAGGCGCCAGAGGCUGGUCUGCGAGAUGGUCUGUGCGGCGGGGGUCCCGAACUGA